CGUUCGUUAUAACCGCGGCACAGGGUGUGACUCUACAGUGUGACACAAUAAAAAUGCCUUCACCAAAGUACAAAAUAAUGGAAAUACAUUUGUUAUUCAACUGAGACAUAAGAAAAGGUGUUGAAGAUUCGGAUGUUUCCCCUUUAAGGACUGCAUAUUGUAAAAGGAAUUAAGCAGGGCAGGCAGUUCAGAAAAUUACAAAGCCGGGAAGACGAAGUCGUUUUGGACAAAUGCAGUUUCCAUGGUUUCACAUUUGUAUUUCUCACCCUAAAAAUAUUGACCAGUUUCCAGUAAAAAAAAAACAAAACAAAAAACAAAACAAAAACAAAAAACAAAACAAAACUGUCUGUUACGUGAAUUUUAUGUAACUUUAAGCCUUGCAAGGUGAACAUUUUGCACAGAAAUGAGUGUGAUGUCAUCAUGGAUGCAAGAAAGAGUCCCCGAAAAAGCAGUUUUCAGCACACUGACUCUGAUACCAACACCCUUGUGAAUAUAGAUUUUUGUGAAAAUGACAGCCAGAUGAGAAGCAGCGCCUCCACACAGCAGUGUUCCUUCCAACACAGCAGCACAAAUGGACUCUCUACAUUCUUCCUUCAUGGCAAUGGCAAACGCUACGAAGACUGGAGCAGAUGUAGAUCAGUUAGGAAAAGCAAAACACAUGAUUGUGUCAUGGGCAUGGGUCAGCACAGGGGCCAUGGCAACACAAACGAUGGGAGGGUAAUUCCCUCUGUUAGAAGAAGAGGCAGGCUUGUAAGCAGCAUUAGCUUUUCCGGAUUCAGAAUUGCACAAAAUGGUCAAGAGAAUGGAAGCACGCCCAACUAUGGCAGGCAAAUUAUUGAUUACAGGAACUUUGCCCCUCAAGUGCCCUUUGUGCCAUCCAUUGCCAAAUCCAUCCCUAAGAAAAGGAUUUCGUUAAGGAAACCCAAAAAGGGUUUCCGAGAUCUGUUUAGCAUGAAAAGGCACAGACACGAAAAUACAGUGUCUCCAGGUAUCUCUGAGAAGGAAGCAACCUUGGAAGGGCCGAGAAGGCGUUCAAAAUAUCGGGAGCACGUGGCUGGAAAUGCUACUCUGCAAGAAUUCUCAGAUAGUGACCCCCUUUCGGACUCUACCUAUGACUACUGCAGCACCUUCUGUGAAGAUGUUGCUUCUAUGAAGAGUUUUGAUUCCCAAAUGGGCUGUGGAGAGAUAUUUGCCGACGAGGAGCACCAUGUCCAUCUGGAGAUAGAAAGGCAAAAGGACCCUGAUAAAGACCGAUGUGAACCAAGAAAGCCAAGUCCUGUGGUGGAAUCUUUCCAAGGAGGUAUGGAGCAGCUAGCAUCUCCAGCUCAGACAGAGGCCAUAGACUUUUUAGGCUUGUGGGAAAGUAUGCGUAACACAGGACUGUUAAAGCAGGAGGCUAGCACUGAUAGCACAAUGUUGAAGACACCUUCUUUGCCUCCUACGUCAGCAAGUGAACAUCAGAUUAAUUCCCCUUACGACUUGCAACCUUCCCCUGAGGAGACUGCAAGCACAGUUAUAAUAACACCAAAAAGUGACAUUCAGGAAUCCAUUUCCACAAGCGAUGAAGGAUAUUAUGAUUCGUUUUCCCCGGGGAAAGAGGAGAACAGCAAGGAAUCCUUAACUCCUUGCACAUCCAACAGGUUUCCAAGAAAUAGCUACAGCGGCGAUGCACUCUAUGAUUUAUUUUAUGAUGCUGAUGAACCUGGAAUGAGUCCCAUCUUUGACGAUGGUACAUCUGUGUCAGAAAGUAUUUUAGGCCAGUCCAGUGACCUCCCAUUGUCUAUGUACAGCUUUCACGUUGGUGCUGAAGAAAACCUGGCCCCUCCAUCAGCUCUUGAUGUCAUCAGCCAAGAGGUCCUUCAGAGCAACUGGAAGGGCAAAGAAUGUCUGCUGAAGCUGUGCGACACAGAAAUAUCCCUGGCAAUGGGAAUCAUGAACUGGCUCAAGCAGAAAACUGACACGCUGAGCUCAUCUGAAUUAACACACAAUGGCUCCGAAGAACAGAAGAGCAAGGAAUGUCAUACCAUCAUGGAGGCUUUCCCUGAGAUUCCCCAAAUCGCAAAUAAUGAGGCAUGGAAUGACACCAUGGAUUCAGUGAAAACCGAGGAGAGGCCAAUGUUCAGUCAGGAAAGGUCACCUGCUCCUGAUGUUGUCCCCUCUAGACUUGUUGAGGCCAGUUUAGAGUCUGUCUUAUCUGAACUGGAUAUCACAAGGGGGCACACAGAAACAAAGACCAAAUUUAUCAUUAACAACAGCCUCAACAUUUUAGAAGUAGAUGGAUACCAGGUCCGUUCUUUAAACAGAGAGCUGAAGAAGGCAGCAAGUUCACCUGGCACAGGAGCAAAUGGCAUAAUCAUUUUUGCUAUUGACAAGGAAUCAUUAUGUGAGACCUGCAGAAAGUCUGUCAAGCACAACUCGCAUGAAAUGCAUUUAUGUGCCUCAUGCCUAUCUUUGAUAGAACAUAUCAAAUGUACAGAACUACUAAACAGCACAAGCAACAGUGUUCGCGAAUCACUGCCUGUUGAUCUUGGAGGGACCCAUCCUUUGUUGCCUCUGGGGAUUUGUGAGUCCCCUAUGAGUCCUGAUGAAGAAGCAGGUGAUAUCAAUAUUACCCAUCUUCUGGAGCAGUGUGUCAGCCAAGUGUCCUCUUUGAAAAUCAACAGCAGCAGCUGCAAAGGAUCUGAAGGGAGAAACCCAUUCUUUCUUUCAUUUGGUGAGGACAGCGAUGUCAACGAAGAGAAAGACCUAGGAUCCGAGAAGAAUAAAGAUGUGGCCCAGAACUUUUUAAAACCAAAGAAAAACUUUGGGAAUGAUGCAGAUAGGAAAUUAUCACAUUCCAACUGGACUGGUCUUCAUGAUGGAAGUCCAGAGGUCAACAUUAUUGAAAACACCACGUCAUCAAGAGCUAGUAUCUUUCAGAGCCCAGUACAGGAGCAAAAGCAUUUGGAAAUAGGUCUGGUUACAACAAACAACUCUAAUGAACUAAUUUUGGAGACACACCCUUGUUUGAGCAAUUCUGGCUCUGCAAACCUCGAGAGUGAAAAUGCAAGGCAACCCCUCCGACCCACUUAUCUCCCACUCUCCAAUUCUGCUUAUUCGGAGUUCGCAAGCAACCUGACACUAGCUUUGGACCAGGCGAGGGUGGCGAAACAGUUUGACAAGCCAAGAAGGCACCGGAAGUCAUUGUUUAGUCGAGAUGGACCCUUUGGAUAUGCUUUGUCUGAUGAGAAAAAGGAGGAAAGGAAGAGAAGAAUGAAGAAAUGAGCUUCUCCACAGUAAAGCAGUCUGGGGAUGCCUGGAAGCAGGAGCACUGCCAUUGAAAGACUCACUAUAGCCACAGAAGCUUUGGAGUUCUGGAUGUUUUUUAGCUUUCUGAAGAUCUCUUCAUGCUGGUGAUAAAAGUAAAACACUUGUUCAGCCUCAGCAGAGCCCCAAGGCUGCUGCCUGUCUGUAGGGAGUCAGAUGUAUGCUUUUAUCAGACAGUUAUUUAUUGUUGCCACACCCAUGUUUGAUACAGUGGUAUUGCAAAAGCCAUGACCUUGUAAUAGAUCUGGCACUGUGAAGAGGUGAUUUAUAGUUUGUAAUUGUGUCCUUUAUUGUGUGUUUAUGUCAUAAAGCACUGGUAUCCAAUGCUUUAAAAUCUAUUUUCAAUAGCUAUUAUUAUCACUGCCCCCUUUUUGUAGAUUUGAUUUCUGUUCAUGACUUUUUUUAAAUUUGAAGGAUAUGCACAUGUUUUGAAUGCCACACUAUUGGUAAACUGAGCAGUGCCUGUGUAGAUUACUGUACAGUACCUUCAAAAGAGUAUUCUUACUGAUGUCUUAUUUAUAGAAAAUGUCAACAUUCGUGGCAUAAGCAAGUAAUGUUAUGCAAAACCAUGACAUUUGACAUUAAAAUAAAAUAGGAUAAAUAACUAGAUUAGUAACCAAUGUUUUAAAUAUAUUUGUUAAUGAGUGAGCCUAUCAAUCACUGAUAAUUAAUAACAUCGUUACCAGUUAUUGUAAAUCCCAUUGGGACUUGCCUUCUUCAGUGCACAGGCAUCAUAAGCCACAUUACAAUAAAAAAUACAAUUGAUUUUAAUAUAGUUCUUCAGAAACGAACAAAGUACAACAGAAUCUGUUUAAAACAAAUAUCUAUCUAUAGUAUGCUCGUAUUGAUUUAAAUAUAAAACUAUGACAUACAGGAUUUGUCAUGUACAGUAGACCAUUGUAGUUGAACUGGAACAUUGGAUGAUCUAUAUACAGUACCAUCAUGCUUUAAAUCACUAACACAAUCCUCUUACAUUUUAAAUUUUUACUGACAGAGACUUGUGCCCCUUUAGAUGUUAGAUUUUUCUGACAUUUGUACAGAUUCUGAUGAUCUCAGUGGUGGUACAAGAAAAGUAUCAAAAAAAGUCAAAUAUCUCAAAUUGAAAAGGUUUUUUAACACAAGAAAAGUGGGGCAGUGAUAAUUAUACGAGUGUGAAUACAAGGUAAAUGGAUUUGAAAACACUGGUCAGCACUCCUUUAAAUCCUUUAUUAAGUUGUUCUGUAUCAUCCACUACUGCAGAAAUAACAUUUGUGAUGUUUCACAAAUACAGUUUGUCUGUAUUCUGAACAUUUUGUUUUAGGAAUUAAAAAACUGGACAACAAUUGGGGACAAGAAUUACUUGAGUGACUACAUAAUACAACAAAAUCAAGAGAGGCUAUUAAGAGUACACAGUGGGGAAUUCACAAAAGAUGUACUGUUAUUAGCAAGUGUUAUUAGCCUCAUUUCUUAAAAAAAAAAAAAAAAAAAAAAAGGAAAACUAGAAAUGCAUUACUAGCCCUUGAAUUCAAUUUCUUUUUUUUUAUUUAGUAGUCAGCAAUUGAUUUUACCGUGUUUUUUUUUCACAAUUUCGAUUA